AUGACCACCGAAGAAGCAGUCCUGUCGCAGACGACCGUCACAGCAGGAGAAAGCGGAGCUCACCGGCCAAAGAAGACGUUUGCCCAAUCCCUCGCCCUCUUCGAGGGCCGCUGCCACUGGGUCGUGCCUGUGGUGUUCUUCGGGCUCACAGUCCGCGGCAUGAACCUGUUCGCCUUUGCGCUGACUUUCAAGGCGUACGGCUGGCCCGUGGCAGCCGGCAUCGAGAGGGUGUUCUACGCGCUCGGGUCGGUGCAGAUCGUCAAUGGUCAUCUGCCUGUUGACCACUCCCAUGUGUAA